GUUUCUUUUUUCUCAGACCAAAAAAUAAUAUUAUGGGAACAGCAAGAACAAAUGAGGAUAUAACCGAAAUAUAUGCUAUAAAAACUAAUGCAAAACUUUUUGAAGAUUAUAUUAAAAAUUGUGAUGGAAUAGAAUUAUUGAUUGUUGCAGAAGAUAUCCAUAAAGUUAUUGGUAAAGGAUAUAUAAGAGAAUUAUCUAAGAUAUUUUCAUGUAAAUCUUAUUCUUAUUUUAUUCCAAUAUUAAAUAAUAAUGACCAAGACAUAGGUAAAAUACAUGUUUCUUUGCAAUUAACAUAUUUGACAGAAGUUUUAAAUAUGAAAUUAGAAACAUACAAAUAUAAGAAUGAUAGUGAUAUUUCAUUAUUUGCCAUCGAUAAUUUACAACGCAAUAAGAAAAUAUCAAUAAUAUCUCAUAACAAUGCAGACAAUACUAUUAAAAAAAAACUAAAAUCUGAAAAGAUUGAUAUGUAUAAUACAUAUAAGUCUGUUCUUAAGACCAAGCAAAUAGAAUUUCAAAAAUCGAAAAAAUUGAAUAAAUCAGCAACAGACAAAUUAAUUGCUCAGAUUAUUGCUAAAGCACAGCAUCUUAGAGAAGCGCUAAUAAAGGAAACUUUUAAAGAAGAUUUUUUUAUUCUUAAUGAUACUUUAUUGAGCAAUGAAUCAUAUUUUAACUCUUUAAUAGAAAACAAAAAACUUUACAAACAUAUUUUAGAAAUGGAAAUGGCUUCCUUAGGGGAAAAAAAAGUUAUGAAUAUAUUGAGAGCAUCAUCUCCAAGUUUAAAUUCAGUAAAUUUGACAUCUAAAACAAUUACAGCUAAAAAUAAAAGUGAUAAUACAAGCUUUAAAAGGAACCAGAAUUUUUCUAUAAAAUUAAAUAAAUCUAAAGAAGAUACAUUAUGUAAAAACGAGACUUGUGUUAAAUUGAAAGGGGCAUGUCCUUUAGAUUAUGUAAAUAGUAUAAGAAUUUUUAUUGAAUCUUUUACAUUAAGUCCUGCAGGUUAUAGACGUGCAAAAUCUACAUGCUUGCAAUAUGGUGUACCGUUAUCAUUGACAUACUUUAUCCAAUAUAAUAUAGUUGAAUCUAAAAAACAAACAAAUACAAAAUCUAAUAAAAAAAUUAAGUUUAUAAGAACAUGUGCAAAAAAACAAAUAGGUCAUGUUAUUAACUUCAAUUUUGAAGGUAUUUAUAGUAUAUCGUGGCAUAAUACAAAUAAAAAUUUUCCUUUGAGAUUUAAAGUUUUUGUCAAACAUCAUAAUCAGAAAUUUCCAACUGGAUUAGGACUUGGUUUUGUGAAUAUCAGUGAUAUUAUAAAUACCACACACUUGAGUAAUAUUCAUUGUAUAACUAUUGACAAUAAAGGCAUCAAAAUGGGUGAAUUAAAAGUUAUAAUAGAAUUAGGUUGUGAUUUUCUUUACUUUGGAAAAGAAUUUAUUGAUGCUGUAAGGUCUAGAAAGCAAGAUAUCUCUGUUUUGAAGAAAGAAUCUUUGAUCGUCUUUCCAAACAAUAAUAAAUAUAAAAAUGCAACAAGAAUUCAUUCCUUCAAAUCUAAUAGCAAAAUUUCGUCUAUAUCUGCCAAGCAUAUUGAAUAUUUAGCUAGUAAUAGCAAGAAAAAUAAAGAUGUAAUUAUUGCAAAAGAUGUGACAGAAUACCAAGAACAAAACUUAAAUAAUAAAAGGAUUGAUGCAAGUAAUCCAGAUAAUGAUGAUGAAGAUAAGGUUUUACUUUACGGCUUGAUAUAUGUAGCUGAGGGUAAAAAUUUGCCAGAAUCUAAUACCUAUCUAAUAUGUAAAGCAUUUUGGCGAGAGAACAAAGGAACAAGCCAAAUUUGCAAUAAUACAAAAAAUCCAUUUUAUCAUUUUUUUCAGCUAGUACCUUUAAUUUAUGAUAUGGAACUAUUGGAAAAAAUCAGAAAUAAUUGUAUAAUCAUAGAAGUAUAUAAUCAUCAAAGUGGAAUAAAUAAACUGCUGGGAAUAGCCAAAUUAUCUGUUUAUCAGUUAUAUACUGCAUAUAGAGAUCCAUUUAUUUUAUCUCAUUUGCUAUUAUCGAAGUAUCCUGUAAUAAGCGUAGAUGGUUGGAUUAACAUAACUGAUCCAGUAAGUGGAAAGAUUUGUGGAGAAUUGCUUGCACUGGUUGCACUUGGUACUGUGGAACAAAUUGCAAUACUAGAAGUAUCAAGAGGUUUAAAAAUACUAGUAACAUAUCACCGAAUAGAUUAUAGGUAUCAUUGCUAUAUUCUUAAUACUAAUAAUACAAUGGAUAUCCAAAAGAACUUAUAAUAUAAUGUUGAGGUGUUAAAUUUUAAUUCAGGACAAUCCAUUCGUGAUAAUAAUUUGGCUUGUUACAUUUAUAGUGCAUUCGAUCGAGAUUUAGCAUCUGUCGAUUACAAAUCUCAAGAAAGUCAAACAGAUAUUUCAAGUUUAAAAAAUACAAGACUACAGAAAUCGAAACAGGAGACUGCAGUUUCUGAGCAUUUGGCUUUACGCACAUUAAUUGAUCGUUUGGCAAAUGCAUUACAUAUUAAUAAAAGUAACAUAAAUCAAUCAGCUCAAACAGAAAUAAAUCAAGUAGGAGAUGAAGAAGAAAUACAUAGAGAAGAAUCAUGCUUGAAUAUACUAAAUAGUAAUAGUCUUGAUGAUAGCGAUAAUUAUAAUUCAAAAGAUGAUUUUAAAUUAUCUACGAAAAUGUAUAGAAGUGUCGGUGUCGGUGCUGAAUAUGAUGAACAUUUGGAUCGACAACAAAAUAAUACCUAUAAUAAUCUUUUUGAUUCAUUUUUAACUGAAAAGGAUGCACAAAAAAUAGAAUUAAAUACUAACUGCAACAGUUCUUUUUUCCGAUCUGUUGUUGAAAUUGAAUGUGCAUUAUAUUUGCCAAAGAUUGAAAAAAUAAAUAAAUUAGUGGAACCAAGUACAUAUGUAACUUUUCAAGAUUUAACUCAUAAAAUUGAUUCUGAACAGUUAGAUUCAUAUAUGAUUACGAACAUUUUUCCGUAUAGUUGCAAUCCAAAAUGGAAUUGGAGAUGUAAUGCAAAGCUAUCAACAGAUUUACUUUUAAACAAUCAAAAAAGAUUAAUUUUCAAAGUGUGGCAUUUGAUUGAUCCAGAUGCAUUUAAUGAUAUAAAUUUCAAAAGAGAUAUUGUGAUUGGUUUCUCUGCUGUCGAUCUAUCAAUUUUGAUGACUGGAUUUUCCACAAUCUCUGGAUGGUUUCAUAUCAUUGAUUUUACUGGAAAAUGCAAUGGACAAAUUAAAAUAAAUAUAACACCUCUAGAUAUUUUACCACCAUUAGAAAAAUAUACGUCUUCUAACAGCAUUAAUUUAUCAAGAUGCAGUAAUUUAUCACAAACAAAUUGCCCACACCUGUUUCAUACAUCUUACAGUAAUACAGAAUUCAAUGAUAUACAUCAAAUAUCAUCAUAUGCAAACCAAAAUAAUGACAAAUAUAUACAAAAUCAUUAUAAAUUAAUAGAUGCGGAUAUUGGUCAUAAUUUGGACGAUGUCUCUAUGUCUUUCUUAUCUUUGUCUUUAAAGCAAAAAUUAACCGAAUUAGACGAAAUCACAAAACGUUUACAAUUACGUCUACGUGAUGUCACUAAUUCGGCAUUUGAAGAUGAAUUUGAUAAUGAUUUUGAAGUGAUUGAGCCAAAUACUUACAAUGAAACUAUUAAUGACAAAAAUAUUGAAAUUGCACAAUUUCCACACUGUACAAUUUCUAAAUAUUCUGAAAUAUCACAAAUGAUAAAACAGUGUGAAAUUGGAAAUGAUCAAGGUAUCAAAAAUGAAAAAAAUCAGACUGGUUUUAUAAGUAACAAUUGCAGUUUAUAUUUUGAGCCAUCAUGUAAUCAAAAUAAAGAUACAAGUUCCAAAACAGCCAAUAUUGAAUAUUAUUCAAACUUCAAUACACGUUUACAUCAAUACUCUCGCUGUUAUCACAAUCAGUAUCAAAAUCAAUAUAGUUCAACAUGCAAUUAUAUAUCAAGUAGCAAAACAGAGUAUCCCAUAAGCGAUACAAAAACACAUAUCAAUCAUCUUCUUGAUAAACUUUCCUUGGCUUUGCCAACUGUAUCAUCUUCAGAAGAAUCCAUACCAAUAAAAAAUAUUUUAGAAUUAUUUGCGAGUUUACAGGAACGCAGAAAUAAUUUGCAAGACAAAAACAAAGACAAAGACAAUGAUGAUACAUGCACAAUGCUUGUUCAAAUUGAUAACUUGUGUGAACAAAGCGCGACAAAUUUAAACACUUCGAAAAUAACUAUUGGAGAAAACAUUUCUGAAUCGCCUCAUAGAAUAUCAACAAUAAUACGUGAGGAACUAAUCACCGAAGAAAAUAAUGAUAAUAUAAAUUAUGAUGAGUUAAUGACUUAUUUGAUAACUUCCAACAUACGCUAUAUGGAUCUGAAUAGUAUAUUUAAUCCGCUUUUAUAUCAACAUAUAAUGUCAGACUUACACAUUGCCACUACUAUAUCAUUAGAAGGAGAAACUGUGGAAAAGUUAGAUAAUCGAUAUGCGAAAAGUUUCGACAUAGUGAUGCAUGAUAAUAACAUUAAUCAUUUAAAAAAGAAUCCUACUCUAUUACGAAAUAACUUGCAAUUAAAAGACGAAACAACUGUUUUCGAAUUUGAUAAAAAUAAAGAAUUUGUUGGUUUAACAUCUCCGACUAUAUUAAGAGAUAUUGAUAAUAGCAGCAUCGAUGUAACUGUUAUUUAUAAAUCUAGUGAAAAUGAUUUAACAUCAGUAUCGAGACAAGCGCCUGAUGGUGGAAAUCCCAUAGAAGAAGUUAAGACAUCAAUAGUGAUAAAACGACAAGGCAACAUCCAAGAUGUAUCAAUCGACAGUUAAAUACUCUUAAAUACUUACAAUAUUUAAUAAUAAAUAAAUUUAGUAAUAAGGAAAAUAAUUAUACAUUUAUAAGUACAUUUUUUUAUGAGAUGAUAUAGCUAUAUGUAUCUUUUUUAUAAUUAUAUAUAAGGUGUCACAUAAAGAUCAUAACAAAGUUUAAGAUAAAUUCCUGAGAUAAUUUUGAAAUGAAAAUCCUAAUACCAAAA